AUGUUGUGUAUGUGUGCCUUGAAUUACCAGGAUGAUCUGGCAGCGAUGACGUCAGAUAAGAAGAUGGAGUCGAAAGGCACCCAGAUCCACUUGCCGCUGAUCAGCCGCGGUAGCCGCGGAGAGAUUAGCGACAAAGUCACUUUCUCACAGGUGAAGUCGCCGCCGGAACAGCUCAAUAAUGGACAAGUUUUGGGGGGCUCACAAAUUAAUUUGUGCAACGGUGGAGCUGGAGCCAUGGCUCUGGUCCCGAAGAUUCCCAACGGUUCUGCGUGCCAGAAGAAACCAAUGGCCACCCUCACACAUCUGCCGAAGCGACCGCCUGUGGACAUAGAAUUCUCAGAUCUCUCUUACUCAGUUAGUGAAGGAAGAAAGCGAGGGUAUAAAACUCUACUGAAGUGCAUCAAUGGUACAUUCAGGUCCAGUGAAUUGACAGCUAUUAUGGGACCAUCGGGUGCCGGGAAAAGUACCCUUAUGAAUAUCCUUGCUGGAUACAAAACCUCAAACGUGAGUGGCUCAAUUCUGAUCAACGGCAAAGAAAGGAAUCUUCGACGCUUCAGGAAGUUAUCCUGCUAUAUCAUGCAGGACGACUGUCUCCUGCCCCACUUGACAGUCCGAGAAGCAAUGACGGUGUCCGCAAACCUCAAACUCGGCAAAGACAUGACUGUCAACGACAAGAAGAUUGUCAUAGACGAAAUCCUUGUUAUGUUAAGUCUAAAAGAAGCGGAAGACACGCGAACAAUCAAUCUAUCUGGCGGUCAGAGGAAGCGGCUUUCCAUCGCUUUGGAGUUGGUUAAUAAUCCUCCGGUGAUGUUCUUUGAUGAGCCGACGUCGGGUUUGGACAGUUCUUCUUGUUUCCAGUGUAUAUCAUUGCUAAAGUCUCUAGCUAGAGGUGGAAGAACCAUCAUAUGUACGAUACAUCAGCCCUCUGCGAGGCUGUUUGAGAUGUUUGACAAUUUGUACACGUUGGCGGAAGGACAGUGUAUAUAUCAGGGUUCUGUUAAGGAUCUGGUUCCUUUCAUGUCGACGAUGGGCCUGCAUUGUCCCAGUUACCACAAUCCAGCUGAUUACGUAAUGGAAGUGGCGACGGGUGAACACGGCGAGUGGGUUCAUAAGCUGGUGCUAGCCGUAAAGAAGCCUGAACGGCCUCACGCCUCUGCUUCUGCCUCCAAUUGUGUCUACAACAACCUGGCUAAGAACAACAUUCAGAAGGAGGCCUUGGAGAUUGUUAUCGACAAGCCCACCUGCACAGUGCUAGAUCUCUCAAGCUCGGAACCAGCUGCCGAGAAACCGCCGAUUCCAAACUCGAACAACCUUGCGCCAGUCACCUGUACCACGUCUCUUCUCGAUUCCAACGAGAGCUUCAACAAGAAACCCCAACACACCGGCUUUCCAACGUCGGGGUGGAAGCAGUUUUGGAUCUUAUUGAAGCGGACUUUCAAGAGCAUUAUAAGAGAUCCAACACUCACACAUUUAAGGCUAAUUUCGCAUACAGUCGUCGGCUUGCUUAUUGGAAUGCUGUAUUAUGAUAUUGGAAUGGAUGCUGCAAAUGUACAGAGCAAUGCUGGAUGUAUUUUCUUCACUGUGAUGUUUACAAUGUUUACUGCUAUGAUGCCUACUAUUUUAACAUUCCCAAUGGAGAUGAGUGUGUUUGUGAGGGAGCACCUGAAUUAUUGGUAUUCACUCAAAGCGUUCUACUUCGCUAAGACGAUAGCGGACUUGCCUUUUCAGAUCGUGUUUAGCGGCGUCUACGUAAUAAUCGUGUACUUUAUGACGAGUCAGCCGAUGGAGUUGGAUCGGAUAUUAAAGUUCGCGGCCGUUAAUAUCCUCACGGCGCUGGUCGCCCAGUCCCUAGGCCUUCUCAUUGGAGCCGCUAUGAAGAUUGAAACGGGGGGUCUAUCUCGGGCCCGUGACUACAAUCCCAGUGGUCCUAUUCUCAGUUACAUUCGAUACGGAUUCGAAGGAGCCAUGCUAUCCGUAUAUGGCUACGACAGAGAAAAACUCAAAUGCUCCAUCGACUUCUGCCAUUACCGAAAGCCGAGCCAAUUCCUCAAAUAUAUGAGCAUGAAUGACGCAAACUUUUGGGUAGACAUCGGUGCUCUCACCGUGUUCUUUAUCGGUAUUAGAAUAAUCUCCUAUCUAGUUCUAAGAUUCAAGUUAAAAAUGAUGCAGUAG